CUAUACUCGGCACUCAUUGCUAUGUGGGAGUUAUGGUAACGAGGAAAUUGCUGUACACCCGCGACGAUUCGUCGCCAKUGGCGCUGGAUUCCCUUCCUCUCGUUUCGUCGCAUCAUCGCAAUGAAGCCGAAGCAUUCGACAUCGACGAAGAGAAUUGCAUUGGCAGAUAUGGCACAGGGAGUCAUACCUCUGUGGAAACGAUCACCAAAGUGACCGCGUUUGAAAAAGUAGGAUCGAGCGACGAYUCAAGGGACGCGGCAAGUAUAGCGCCGGAAACUGCGCCGCACAAAUCACUAGGAUGGCUCUGGGGCCGAUUGCUUCUGUUCGUACUGGGGGUGGUAUACGGAUCUCUCAACGUGAGCAUGCGGAUGGUCUUUGCCCGUCCAAACCCACCGACCCCGAGUGCUUCCUCAACCAUCCAGGGAUGGUUUUCAGUCCUAGGCUUCCUCCCGCUUCUUUGGUGGAAAAACGCCAGGAACGCGAAGAACCARAACCAUCGCGCCGGAACCCUCCCAAAACAACGCCAUUGCCAAACCUGCCGAACGAUCCUUUUUGGAUCGAGCGACUCAAAURUUUUUUACGMUCCGAUCAAUGGAGCCAAUGAUCAGGAACUGGAUCGAUCAAAACAGCGACAAAMGCAAAACCAAUACCAAGCCCGACUCGUUUGGUUUGCCCUAGAACUUGCCCUUUGGAAUUUCGGCACCCARGCCCUGAUCAACACCAGCCUUCUAGUAACGCGGGGCGCCAGGGCCUCAUUUUUGGUGUCGACAAGUGUGGUGUGGACCCCCAUCGUCUCGUCGGUGAUGACCCUAGCGUGUCGAGAUCACAAAAACACAACCCACCCUCCGCAAUCCCAGCGGGGACGCCGGGCUAUCGUUUGGGGGGCCUGUGUCCUGGCACUCUUGGGCRCAUGGGUCAUUUCUMAGGGCGAAAACRGAAGCGGCGACGAACCUGUUGCGCUUGCCGCGGAAAGAAACGACGCCUCCGCGGCUCGUGYAAAUGGCAAUUCCUCGUUGUCGUUAUCGCCGCUUUCACCUGCCUGGGGCGAUCUUUGCUGUUUGCUUGCCGCCCUCUGCUGGAGUUUGUACAUUUGCCGAUUGAGUGCCCUUGGAGACUCCUUUGACGAAACCACAACCCAAUUCGUCAAGAAUGUGUUUCUGGCAAUCCUUUACUCAAUAUGGAUGGUGGCUUCCGUAUGGUAUCACAAUGCUUCUGAGGAUACAGCGGACGACAGUAGCAGCUWCGAUGCCCACUUUUCGUCGUGGUCAUUGUGGAAGGAUUGGAAGAYCGAUUCGGUGGCGUGGGGGAUACUCAUUUACACGGCUCUAGGUCCGUGCACGAUUGCCGACGUCUGCCAGCAAACGGCACAGGCUUCCGUUCCGGCGGCCGAAACGAACGUCAUCCUCUCUAUGGAACCCGUGUUUACGACUCUGCUGGGGCUACUGAUCCUCGGAGAAACCCCUUCGCAACCCGAACUGGUCGGGGGGGCUCUCAUCUUGGUGGCCUCCCUGCUGGCGGCCGGAUGCGGUCCGCAGCCGCCGAGUUGACGAUCAUUGCUGCACGCAACAACCCAUUUACUUUGCGGGUAUGAAUUCACUCUUCUACAUCCGUCUCGGUCGCAUUCAGCGGGACAACAAUCAAUUCCCUUCUGCUUUGUUGUAAAAUCCGUUGCAGAUGGAACACCCAGUUCAUCGAGCUCAGUAUUAAAGUUUGAGAAAUGACAUUGGUCGGGAAAGGCGUGCAAAUGGCUGCCACUGUGGCUGUUUUUGUGCCCUCUAGUUGACCGUCUUGUGUGGUAGUCUCCACCACAACGGCCAAGCAGCAAGAACAUUCACACCUUAUACGUUUCAGCAGGUCUUUUAUCCUCGGGUUUGCUAGCUAGAUACCAUGCCUUCUGGCUGGCCUUUCGAAAACUACAACCGGGCUUUGGAUGGUGCGUACUCUUUCUUUACACCCGUUUCGAAAUCGUAUCAAAUUACAAAAGUACCGUAAGCUUCGAAUCUACCGCAGUAAAAUAGCUCAAAACCAUGUGGUCAUGGUUCUGGAUGAUAUCACUCCUAUCUUGAUUGCGUGGCCCUACGUUGGGUAAAAAGAUAGCGCCACACAUGGUUUUGGAGGCAUACUUUGUGGAAAUUGUGGCCGCGAUAUCCGAUCUUUGCUACGUUUACCCCUGUGAUGAGUUGGUUAUACCACAGCUUGCAGUUUUUGGGUAGCCUUCUAAAAGGWAGGAAAAGAUAAAWGAUGCCGGGUUGG